UGCAGAAUUGUUACAAAGAAGCUGUCAGGAAAAAGUCCAGAUCAAGUUAGGGUGUGAUUUUCUGCUGAUUGCAUUCACACGUGCACGAAUGUUACGAUGAGGUGGUGUGUUGCUGUCGUCCUGACGGUGCUGCAGCUCUGCAGCCCGGCGCUGCAGUCGGACCCUCUGCUCUACAUCUCACAGCUGCAGGACGGGCAGGAAACACCCAAGCCGUGGCUCAACCCCGCCCUGGAGGAAGUCGUUCCUUCUCGGGAAAUCACCAAGACCCCUGAAGUCCGAGACCCCCCAGCCUCUCUAACACCCUCAGACCCCAUGUUCGGUGAAUACACCAACCUCAAGUGGGUCACCUGGGACGGCUCCCUCCCCAACGGUGCCGUCGCCAUCUUCAACGGCUACACCGAACGCAACGACUACGUCUGCAAGGUCAACUGUGAGGCCGGCUUCUACACGCCCAGCAAAGGAGCGUUCUGCCAGUACCCGUACGCCGACACAGAGUACAGGUCCUCCAAGUUUGAAAUGCUGGUCAACGUGGACCACUUCGAGUUCCUGCAGUGGGUUGAAGAUUCGUACGGGUCGGUCCCUCAGUACUCUGUCAAAACCUGCCCCAACUCAGACAUCUACGUCGGCAAGAACAAGUACGGUCUUGGCAAAGUGGUGACCCAGCAUGAGGCCUUCUUCCUGCCCUACGAGGGGGAUGAGUACUGGUACAAGAGCUACCAGGUCCUGGCCAUCAACAGGGAGAGCUACAGCCAGCACAUCUCACAUGUGGAGUACGCCAUCGACCAGAUGGAGCUCUUCCACCACCCCCCAGAGGCCCUGAAGCUCGCCAAGGUCACCAACCUCGAGUGCAACAGUGUGCAGAAGACGGUGAGUCUGGACAAGACCAGCUCGGUGGAGAAGUCCUGGGACAUCGGCAGAGAGACCCGCAACGGCUCCGUCUCCACCAUGAAAGCCAAAGUUCCCAUCCUGGGCCCGGGGACGGUGGACUUCACCAAGGAGCAGACCGUCACCUUCUCCGAGGGGACGACCAUGGUGGAAUCCAUGAGUCACGCCGUCUCCGUGCAGCUGCUGGUCCCGCCAAACCACUCCUGCUCCGUGAGGAUGGACGGCAGGAAGAUGACCGCCGACAUCCCCUUCACCGGCCGGCUGAGCAGGACCAACUACAACGGGGACACCCACUGGACGUACAUCACGGGAACCUACGACGGCGUGAACGUCGGGGAGAUCAACGCCGUGGUGGAGAGGUGUCAGCCGGUGGCGGACGCUGAACCCUGUCCCCCAAAUCAAGACUGACGUACAAACUCAGAGCUCAAAACUCAAACAUGAGUGUUCAGAAAUAAAGAAACAUAAAAACAUUGAA